AUACAAACAAGUAAAUAAUACUCUUAUAGACUAUUACAAACUGCAUUUAGAUACUCGAUUGUGUUCUCAAUUUUUAUUGAAACUUACAAUAAGGAAAAUUAAAUCGGUACUUAUUACUGAUGUAAAAAAUGGUUAAAAUAGGAGUAAUUGGUGGUGGUAUAAAUGGUUUCAGCAGUGCGGUGAGAAUUAAAGAACGCUUUAAGGAUGCUGAUGUGGUGCUAAUUUCCGAGGAAUUCUCCCCAAACACGACAGGUGACGGGUCUGGUGGAUUAUGGUAUCCCUAUCUCUGCGGGAAUACUCCUGAACAUUUGCUCAUGAAAUGGGGGAUUGAAACAUAUAGAUUUAUACAUGGGUUGUGGCGGGAAGGUGGCUAUGAUGUAAAUCUAAUGCCCAUGUACUCGUUAUAUAAACACAAGGAGAGAUUCAGCCGACCACAGUGGGCUAGUAAGGUAUUCGGUUACCAGGAACUACGGGAGAAGCAGUUGAUCUACCUUAGCGAAUUAUAUUCCUCUGCUUAUAGUGCCGGAGAAACGUUCUCAACAUUUGUAGUACUGCCGUCUUCAAUGAUAAACUACAUGCAAAGUCGUUUCAAGAACAUGAACGGAAAGGUAGUUAAAGCUAAAGUGACGUCACUGAACGACGACAUACUACGAGACUACGACGUCAUAAUCAACUGCACAGGUUUGGGAUCAAGAUAUAUUGUGCCUGAUAACGCGGUGUUCCCGAUAAGAGGACAAAUUGCCAAGGUUUCGGCACCAUGGAUCAAUCACACAAUAAUAGACAAUGAUCGUGAAAAUUACAUCAUACCCAAUGUAAAUAUCUGCGUACUUGGAGGCACUCAUCAGGAAAACAAUUACAACAGGCAAAUUAAUGAACAAGACAGACAAACAAUUAUGAGCGGUUGUCAGGAAAUUAUACCCUCAUUGCAGCAUGCACAGUUGGUGAACCACUGGGUGGGACUCAGACCUGGUAGAACUGAAGUGAGACUGGAGAAAGAAGUGAAGGAUGGUAAAUUGUACAUUCACAAUUAUGGACACGGAGGUAGCGGCCUCACUUUAUUCUGGGGAUGUGCAUCAGAUGUUGUUAACUUACUUGAAGAAUAUUUAAAUAAAAAUAUAACAAAAUCAAAACUUUAAUAAAGAAAACAACAG